AUGGCCUCCGACUCAUCAGGGCACGAAUCUAGCUUGCGGUCGAGCAAGCCGAGUGUACGCAAGCGCGCCCAAUUAUGGAUGACCAAGGGAGGUCUUGUCCGGGACGACUCCGACGACGAGCUGGGCGAAGAAGACCACCCAUGGGAGUGGAUCUAUGACACUGAGGACAAUAACGAGCAGGACAGCAAACCGACUGCCGACCCUUCGCAGGACACCCCAAAAUCGAUGCGCAAACGCUCAGCCCGGCCGAAUGCCAAUCGCUCACGAAAGAUAAUCGGUGCUCGCAUGGGCUCGUUCGAAUGCGCCCUAGGCCAGGUGGUGCUGCUCAAAUCUCCGGAGCCCGGAAAGGACUGGAUUGGAAUCAUCACGGAAUUUUUGGAGCAAGAUGAUGAUGAUGACGAGGUCAUCAAGUCGGCUAACAUCAUGUGGUUCGCCUCUCCGGACGAAUUCAUGUCAACAAAGAAUAAGAGACGAUCUGACGCCCUGCCCAACGAACAAUACCUGACGGCCGAUUUCAACGUCAAUCCCCUCACCUCCAUCAACGGCAAAGCUACGGUUAUGUCCAAAGACGCAUUCUACGCAAAGUACCCCGGCGGUGUCGCUCCGAAGGGAAAGGAAGCUCUGGCGGACUUCAACAAGUGCAUUGUGUGUCGCAGAGGAGUGAACCAGGUUCAGGGAAGAUAUACCGAAGAGUUCGUGUGGGAAGAGGUCUACCGAGAGGACAGAAUUUUUGAUCUCAUUGGCAUGAUCAAGAAUGGGCUCAAAGCAGCGAAGAAACGCAAGCAGAUUGACAACGACUAUGUGGAAAGUAAAGAGGAAGAGGAAGUCGCCCCGAGUACACCCAGGAAGAGACAGAAGGUGGCUUCACAUGCUACUCCGCAAUCCAGACGUCAGAAGUCCCUGACUACACCGACUCAUAAGAGGAUUGUUGUCAAAAAGCCGCUUGAAUUCACCCCCCUCGGCACCCGUAUCCUUUCACCCUCACAACUGGCCUCUCCCUACCGACAGGCACGGACUCUCCUCCAUGUGUCAACCGUGCCGCAGUCUCUGCCUUGCCGCAAAACGGAGUUUGACGCGGUCUACAGUCACCUUAGCGCAGCCAUCAUGGAAGGGACAGGUACUUGUAUCUACAUCUCUGGCACACCUGGAACGGGCAAGACAGCAACCGUUCGCGAGGUUGUGGCUCAGUUGAACGCCGCCGUCCUGGCGGAGGAGAUGGACGACUUCAUCUUUGUCGAAAUCAAUGGCAUGAAAGUGACCGAUCCCCAUCAAUCCUACUCCCUGCUCUGGGAAGCGUUGAAGGGUGAUCGUGUAUCUCCUUCCAACGCCUUAGACCUCCUCGAACGGGAGUUUUCACACCCUUCUCCCCGGCGAGUGUCUUGUGUCGUUCUGAUGGACGAGCUCGACCAGCUGGUCACCAAGAACCAAUCGGUCAUGUACAAUUUCUUCAACUGGCCAGCCCUGCGACACUCUCGACUGAUCGUUCUCGCCGUCGCCAACACCAUGGAUCUCCCCGAGCGAACCCUGAGCAACAAGAUCUCCAGCCGUCUCGGCCUCACCCGCAUCACCUUUCCUGGUUACAAACACACCGACCUCAUGGAGAUCAUUAGCACCCGCCUGGCCAACGUACCCGGCAAAAUCGUGGACGCAGACGCCAUCCAAUUUGCCAGCCGCAAAGUCGCCGCCGUCAGCGGUGACGCCCGCCGCGCCCUCGACAUCUGCCGACGAGCCGUCGAAAUUGCCGAGCAACAAGCCAACGAGGCCGCCCGCAAAGAACCUCUCGAGACCAUCGACGAAGAUGACACCGAAUCCAUGCCCCCGACCCCGAGCAAAACCCCCGCCCGCAGAGAUCGCGCGGCGGCCUCCACCCCAAAACCACUCCUCCCUCCGUCCUCCCCGCAAAAGAGAACUCAACCCACCACAACCAACAUCGGCCGCGUCACCAUCGCCACCAUUAAACAAGCCAUCCAAGAAGCCACCUCGACCCCGCUUCAGCAAUCCCUCCGCUGCCUGCCCCUCGCCGCGAAACUCUUCCUGGCCGCCCUCCUCGCCCGCGUCCGCCGCACCGGCAUCUCUGAAACCACCGUCGGCGAAGUCAUCGAUGAAGCCAAGCGCAUCGCCGACGCCGCCGUUGCUGUCGCCGGCGCCGCCGGCGUCGGUAUCCGGGAGUUCUUGCUUGCCGGCGGAGGAGGCAAUGGGGCGCGUGUGCGUGCGCUGGGCUCCGCGGCCAUGGAGCUGAUGAACUCGGGUGUCCUGGCCCUGGAGCAUGGCGCCGGCGCCAAGGGGCCCCUGGGCAGCGCGGCGAUGCCGCAUCGCGGCGAUCGGAGCGGAAAGGUGCGGUUGCGGGUGGCGGCGGAGGAUGUGCGCUCCGCGUUCUGUGAGGAUGUCGAGGCUAAGGGGUUGGGGUUGGGCAUUGAGCAGUAA